UGUCAGCAAGCUGCCUCGCUCGUGAGCCCCAAGAUGCCUUCCUAAACCGGACAUAAAUCUCGGCUGUAGAGUUGGAACCUGUGAUGUUCACGUGCAGACUCAGCUUCAGUUUCGGCCUCGGCCGUGUCCUCUCAAGACGCUCUCCUCUCCUCCCUUCCUGUUCGAGCUUUCGUCCUCGCAGGAGAGUCGCCAUGGCGGAAGCUGCGAGCGGCAAGUUCGAGGGCGAGUCGCAGGGCACGGCGCGAGGCAACAUGGACGCGGUGAUGAAGGGGUGGUUCUCGGAAGUCAGCCCCAUGUGGCCAGGCGAGGCGCACUCGCUCAAGAUCGACAAGGUGCUCUUCGAGGGCAAGUCCGACUUCCAAGACGUCGCCAUCUUCCAAUCGGAGACGUACGGCAAGGUGCUGGUGCUGGACGGCGUGAUCCAGCUGACGGAGCGCGACGAGUGCGCGUACCAGGAGAUGAUCACGCACGUGCCGCUCUGCUCCAUCCCCAACCCCAAGAAGGUGCUGGUGGUGGGCGGCGGCGACGGCGGCGUGCUGAGGGAGGUGUCGCGGCACGUGGGGGUGGAGCAGAUCGACAUCGUCGAGAUCGACGGCAUGGUCAUCGACGUGUCCAAGGAGCAUUUCCCAGCUGUGGCCAUCGGCUACAAGGAUCCUCGUGUCAAUGUGACUGUAGGCGACGGCGUGGCGUUCCUCAAGGAGUGUCCAGCCGGCACGUACGACGCCAUCAUUGUCGACUCCUCCGAUCCCAUCGGUCCAGCGCAGCAGCUGUUUGAGCGGCCGUUCUUUGAGUCGAUGGCGCGCGCGGUGCGGCCCGGGGGCGUGGUGUGCACCCAGGCAGAGUCGCUGUGGCUGCACCUGCCCAUCAUCAAGGACAUCGCACUCGCCUGCCACCACGCCUUCAAGGGCUCCGUCAACUACGCGUGGACCAGCGUCCCCACCUACCCCAGUGGCACGAUUGGGUUCAUGGUGUGCUCCACCCCGGGCCCAGAGGUCAACUUCAAGGUCCCCUGCAACAAGAUCGAGGACCAGCCUGAACGACCUCACCACCUUCCUAAGUUGCCGCCCCUUAAGUACUACAACUCUCAAGUGCAUUCUGCUGCCUUUGUUCUCCCCCAAUUCGCCAAGGAAGCUCUUGAGCCCCACCUCACUAAGUGACAACAAGGAAAGGUUUAGGUGGAAAUGCUGGAACUAUGUUAAUAAAUUUUCAAGCGAAACUGCAUUAUUCAGCACAAGGGGAUCCGCCUCGUUUGCGUCCCGUCAUCUUCAUCGCCGUCUUCGUUAGACAGACUGGUCUUUCCAGGCAGGCAGCAAAGUGACGGAACAAGGGAGAGGGGAGGUGAACGUCAGUAGGUUUCGACUUGAACAAGCUGACUGAAACGAGAGCGAAAAAAGAACACGUGAGGCAAACAGAAGCUCCAUUCGCAGACGUUCACUUCACGGACGAAACCUGAAAAGCAGUUAGUGGUAGGAGCAGUGCAGGCGUGCGCCGGCGACGGGCAGCCAGCAGCAAGAGAGUAUCUUAUCCCGCUCCCGCUCCCCAAACUCCGCCUGGAUUCCCGCAACCUUCCCGCGCCAACGGAUCUCGAAAACCCUCCUGUAGUCGCUAUGUCGCAGAGAUUUAGCCCUCCUACCCCUUCUACCUCUCUUCUACCUCACAUUUAGUUCUCUAGUUUUGAGCAAUCCGCCAUGGUUGUGCUCUGAGCGAGAUAUGGAGAAUGGAGAGACGGACGCUCUCGACGAAGAUCCCUCACAGCACGCGCAUAGAUAUCAGGAGCGACAACAGCCCGCCCCGUCGCACCACGUCGCCGCUGUCGACAGUGCGACGACCCUUGCGACGUUUUCACCCGUCGGCUCGUCGCCUCGCGCCGGUGCGUCGUCACAUCAUGGUCCGAGCGUCGGCGGUGGCGCUAGUG